AUGAAAAACCAUUGGGGGGAAUCGUUCGAGCAGAAAAGUACAAAUCAUCAUCUACCUGAUGAAAACCAGCAAGCUUCGGUAUAAUCGACAAUACAGCUCCGGAUGAUGUUCGACUUUUACGAAGCUUUACCGAAUCGGCUGACAAUGGAUGUCCAGAUGGUCCAAUUACUCUGACACCAAGUUCUUCUACUCGUACCUCAGCUCCAUCAGCAAAUGCCAAAUCGAGGUUCACCCAAAUGUUCUCCAUGCGGAUCAGCAAGAUCUUCGGCUCCAACCAGAGAUCCAACACCUAUUUCAGAUGCUGCAUCGAGGGCUGUAAAAUGA